AUGUUCAAGGGACCUGCCCCCGAUCUUCAAAGAUCACAUACCGCGUCCAGAUAUGCACACCCCUCUCUUUCCACUCUUCCCCCUGACGUCUUGAUUCAAAUCCAAACUUUUCUGGAAACAGACGACAUCAUCUCUCUUCGCAAGGUAUCGAUCAUCCUAUUUCCAGAAUGUUUAACAUUAACGGUUUCCUUAUCAUUUCUCUUUGAGACCUCUCAAGUCUUGUGCACCGUCACAAAAUUGCGAAUUGUGUGGAUCAACGCCUUGCGCCAAGUGUGUUUGAUGCACGGCAUAAAUCUGUCCACGUUCUACCCACUUGAAAAUAUUUCGCAAAUCGAACUUGAACAUGCCGCCUUCUCACCUUUUAGAUUUAUAAAGUACGCAACGGAUAACAUCCCCUCUGAAGGAGUAAAAUACGCAACGGAUAAUAUCCCCUUUGAAGGAGAUAUUAAAUCCGUUGUGACUCGCAUCCUUGAGCCUCGAUUACCGCCCGUCAUUCCGACGGAUGAGGACGUACCCUUUGAUUGUCACACUCUUUUGCUUAUUCCGGGCGGUCGGUUCUUGUUUACCGAUACGAUUCAACACGGCGUCGCCCUUUGGGACCUCGGAAUUCAUGCAGCAAUCCCAAUGAAACUGUCCCCUCUAGCUGUGCUUCCGACAACAGAGGAAUCUUUUGUCAGAUUCACCAGCCCAACUCCGGACGGUCACGGCGUUUACGUUUGUGUUGAAGAACAGGUGAACUUGUACACAGACACCCGCGUGUCAAUCUACGAAAUAUACCCAUCCUCUGCGGACGUGGCUUUCCGUCUUACCCAUUCCUUGAAGGUCAAAGGAGCAUUUGAUAACGCAUACAUCUAUAGAAACACACUGGCCUGCAGUCAUGAUAACCAUCUCAUCACGGUCUGGGAUUUUAUUCAAAACAAAGCAAUCAGUUGGGAGUACAAUGCAGUACUUCGACCGAAUGGCGUUAUACUUUAUACCGACACCCUCCUUCUCGUUGAAUUCGGGAAAUUGACUGUCUGGGACGUGCCUGGCUCACUGUAUCUGCCGGUUUCGGACGACAUGGGGCCUGCGUUUAUCCGGCUCCUUCCUAGAUCGGAAAUUAAUACUCCAUUGCCAGCUGAAUCCUUUCGCGUUUCUCCCCCUAGUCAGUGGCUUUCUGCAGGACAGUCGAGACUCCCUUUCUUUGGAUUGUGCAGCCCGACGCCCGACAUAGAAGGGGAGGAACUUGAUGAUGCAAGUGCUUCUAUGCGAUGCUACACGUUCAAACCUGUUUCAAGCCUUUCCGAUAACCCAGAAUUGCAGGCGUUUGAUCCACAACCAGUGGGCGUCGUGAACUCUUUUCCCAUAUCGACGAUGUCCGAGAACUUUCUACGACAUAUACGGUUUUGUGGCAAGUCGCUUACCGUAGCGUGGCAUGCCGGUGACGAGGUAAAUGUCAGCCUUAUGGAGAUGCCACAGGGUGAUCCGGACAGCGUGGCCACCCUCUUUAUUCGACGUCUCUUCAAUAAUGAGGAGGCGGUCGCACUAAGGGAUUUCGACUUUUGUCCCGCAGCGGGUCGAUUGGUUGUCACGACGGCAGCUGGCGAUAUUCAAAUUAUGGAUUUUCUUACUCCCCCUACCCCCAUACAAGUGAACUUCAAAAUUUCAGCCGAGGAUCACUCGUGA